GAAAUGAGUUCAGGAGGCAGCCUCUUCUUUUAUUUCUGAUCCAAGAUGCCUUCAGAGUGGAAAGCCUGGUUUUCCAUCCUAUUUUCUCACCACUCUGAGGAUUAAUGGAGGUGCUACAAAAAUCAUGAGUGCAAACAUCUCCUUCUAUGAGAUCCUGCAGAUGGACUUUGAAAUUGACAAUAGUAGUAGCCUGGCAGGAGCUCAGCAAAUUACCUGGCAGGUGGAAUACCCCAGAGAAGAUUCAGUGAGUGAACUGGUGGUCUCAGAGAUCUUUGUCAGCCAAACAACAUUUGCAGGAAUUGUUCCUCUUGCAAUGGAUACAGAAGUCCUUAACACAGCCAUCCUGACAGGGAAGACGGUAUCUGUUCCAGUGAAAGUGGUUGCUGUACAGGAGGAUGGUUCUGUGAUUGAUGUUUCAGAGUCCAUUGAAUGUAAAUCAGCUGAUGAAGAUGUCAUAAAGGUUUCCGAUAGCUGCGACUCCAUCUUUGUUAAUGGCAAGGAAAUGAAAAGCAAAGUGGACACCAUUGUGAACUUUACUUACCAGCAUUUUACCACUCAGCUAGAAGUGACAGUCUGGGCUCCACGCCUUCCUCUGCAGAUAGAGAUCUCGGAUACAGAACUUAGCCAGAUCAAGGGCUGGAGGAUACCUGUCACCUCCAAUAAGAGGCCUACCCGAGACAGUGAUGAUGAAGAGGAUGAAGAGAGGAAAGGAAGAGGCUGCAGUCUUCAGUACCAGCAUGCCAUGGUUCGAGUUCUCACACAGUUUGUAGCAGAGUCUUCUGAUUUUGGAGGCCAGCUGACCUACAUGUUGGGAUCUGAGUGGCAGUUUGAUAUUACGGAUCUCGUGUCCGAUUUCAUGAAGGUGGAAGAACCUAAGAUUGCUAAAUUACAGGAUGGACGGGUACUAGUUGGCCGUGAACAUGGGAUAACUACAGUUCAGGUGCUGUCACCUCUCUCUGACUCCAUCUUGGCAGAGAAGACAGUAACAGUGCUGGAUGACCGCGUCACAAUCACAGACUUAGGGGUACAACUUGUUACGGGCUUGUCCCUGUCUUUACAAAUAAGCAAAGGAAAUAAGAGAACUAUUGUCUCCACAGCAUCUGCUUGUGAUAUUCUUCAUACUCCAAAACAGGAAGCCGUAGUCAGCACUUGGAUUUUGUUCAGUGAUGGCACUGUGACACCUUUAGAUAUUUAUGACUCCAAGGAUUUUUCUGUUACGGUAACUUCCCUGGAUGAGAUGGUGAUAUCUGCCCAGCAAAACUUUCAAUCCAAGUUGCCUCUGGUAGUUGCAGAGGGUGAUGGGCAAGGACCCUUGAUUAAAAUUGAAAUGGUGAUCAGUGAACCUUGCCAGAAGACAAAGCGAAAGAGCAUUCUGGCUGUUGGGAAAGGAAAUGUCAAAGUGAAAUUUGGUCAGAGAGGUUCUGACCACAAAGGAAGCACCAAUGACGUUGAUGAUGUAGAUAGAGAGUUUAACCACCAUGUGAACAAUGCUAUAGAGAAGACGGCAGAAGAAGAGAGGACAUUGCAAGAAUGGGCCAAACAAGGGACCUUUAUUAAUCAUGAAGACAAUGCCAACAAAAGCACAACUUCCAGAUCUCCUAUUGAUCAGGAAAAGGCUCACGAGAAUAGCCUCCAAAGUAAACCAACUGCAUUCACAAGUUUUCCUGCCCAAGUAGAGUUACCAGGGCAGAAUAACCCCAAUGAUCUUGCGUUGACUUCUAGAGGGUUAACUGAUUUGGAGAUUGGCAUGUAUGCGCUGCUGUGUGUUUUCUGCCUAGCAAUUUUGGUCUUCUUAAUUAACUGCGUGGCAUUUGCUUGGAAGUACAGACACAAAAGGUUUGCUGUGAGCGAACAAGGCAACAUCCCACAUUCUCAUGACUGGGUCUGGCUUGGAAACGAGAUAGAACUCUUAGAUAACCCAGUUGACAUUUCGCUCCCAUCUGAGGACUGCACUACCAUGAGUGACAGAGGGAUGCAGUUUGAAGAAAGCAACUUUCUCCUUAAUGGGAGCUCUCAGAAGACUCUUCAUAAUCAGAUCCUCAGAUCUUGUGAGUAUGCUUGUGAGAAGGAAGUUAAAAGUGAACCUAUAAAUCCAUCUGGGCCAAAACGGAAGAGAGUCAAGUUCACUUCAUAUACCACGAUACUGCCAGAGGAUGGAGGUCCUUACACCAACUCAAUUCUGUUUGACAAUGAUGAUAACAUUAAAUGGGUCUGUCAAGAUAUGAAUCUUGGUGAUUCCAAGGAACUUAGAGAUUAUAUGGAAAGACUGCAAGACAAUAUGUAAAAUACUUUCUAACGUUUGUAUUCACCUUUAUGCCUUCUGUUUCAUGGAUAGUGGAUCAGUCAGUCCAGUCAGCAAUAGGAGGUUACCACGGAGUCUAACAUUAGGAGCUCCCAAGAUGAUAACUGCAUGUCGUCGAGUUGGUACAAGAGGCUGGCUGAGUUAAUCCUGUUUCACUAUAAACCAGGACGUGCCCCUGAAACAACUCCAUGUAGAUGUUGAAGGUGUCGCACAUGAUGGCUGUUUUCGCAUACUGCCUGGUACUAGCUAAAUGCUAAUACAAUUAUGCUCAGACUCAGAGAAGACUACGUUUGUUUGUCAACUCAUGAUAAACAGUGAAUCAGAAAAAAUGGGAUUUGGGGGUUGAUUUUUCUAAUCAUCAUCCUUUGUAAAGCACAGUGGAUAUUUCUUGCAUAUAGCCUGAGAGUAGGCUUACUAUAAAAGAGAUCUGAAUCAAUCUGUCCAAUUUUAUUGGCCUAUGAGCAAUGCAGCCAAGUAGUCUCAUUAUUUUUUACAGAGGCAUACACCUACAUGUGGUUAAUUUCUUAUCUGUAUUGUUUAUGAAGAUUAUCUGAUUUAGGGGACAUUAAUAUUUUCUUUGGAGACUUUUUUUGGUUGUACCAAAGUGUACCGCAGUAUAUUUACAGGUAAUUCAGGUUUUCUAUUCAUGUGCAUUAGCUCUCUAGAAUACCUCUUCGUCGCUGACUAUCUUUCUCCUUCCCAUGCAAAUCUUUAAUAUUUUAAAUGUAGAAACGUAUUAGUAAUCUUACACUGGAAAGGGGUUGUAUCUUCUUACAGGGAACUGUAUAUACAACAAUAAACCCUGGAAAAUAAAAAUCAA